CUGUACGGUCUAGCAGUACUUGAACUACCCGUACUGUACUCGUACCUCGUACUAUUCUACACAAGGGAAAAAAGUAACUGCACGGUACAGUACCGUACGUUGCCAUGUAAUAAACCAGAACAAGAACUCGGAAUGGGGCGUGUAUUUUUAGUUGCAUUUUCUGUCGUGUCGUGUGUCGUGUGUUCAAACUUCCAAACCAUUACGGCUACGGCUACGAGUAAGUACUUGGUACGUACUCGUGCUGGUACCGGUAGGCUAGGGGUGCUUGCACUUGUAUUCACAAUUCAGAGCAUCAGAUAGGUAAGACUCAAGAAGAUUAUUUUGGUCACGAACGGAAAUGUCGAAUAUCCAUCGAUCCUGAAUUUCAGAACAUCCUUUUUGUUACUGUACGAUACGAACACCACUACUUCGAUUUGAAGUGCAGAUUGGUCACAGCAACAACGACGAGAUCGGAUCGGUUCUGGAAGGAGGCAGAUCAAAAGAGAAGACUUCAAUAAUCUUAUCGAUGAUCAAGCGUUCAAGUAAACACGGCAAGAUAAACAAUGAACGAUCGGGAGCUGGGAUCCCUCCCGGCCGCAAAAUCGGCACUGGAGGCACCGUUGGACGAUGAUCGAUCUCUGCGCGUUCCUUGCUACUGCGAAGAGAACGUUUGGCGCCUCGCGUAUCGAAAAACCUAUCUUCAGAAACAUCAAAACAAGAUAGACACGCCGAACAAAUCGUGUUCGUAUCACGUGGCGUUUGUCUCCAAUCCCAAGGGAUGCGUUCCGAUGUUUGAACAAGUCGCGGCAGCGGACCGAGAGAAUCCUGUCUUCUGGGACUAUCAUGUAAUACUGCUAAUGUGCGAAGAGGACGAUUCGUCAACAGCACGAAAGGGGCACGUCUUUGACAUUGAUAGCCAUCUACCGUAUCCGUGUCCUCUUGAUGAAUAUAUCGAAAGGGCAUUUCCAAACCACACAGAAUGGAAGGACGAAUAUUUACCAUUUUUCCGGUAAGCAAAUAUUUUAUCAUGUAAAAGCGCACAACGUGUUCACAGGAAGUAGGUGUCGGUAACGACGUGCAGAUCACUUCUGAAACUCAUAUCCUCGUUUCUAUGGAAAAGUGUUGUUGAUGCUUCGGUGUAUUUGCGCCAUUUCUCGAGUGAUCGUUCGCAUAUGUUUGAUAAUGAGAAAAAGAAAUGGAAUGCCCCGCCUCCACUCUACGACUGCAUUGUGCCAUCGGAAACAAAAAAAAGGAUUGAUUUGAACGGCACGAAUAACAACACUUCAACCACCACAUUUCACCAAUACAUGACAAUUUCCAAGAAUGAUGUCGUAGACUCUCGACAACAGCAUCAACAACAAAAUAGCAAAUAUGAAGACAGCCCAUUUGGUAGGAUAUACUCCUUGUCUCAACUUAUACAACGAUUCGGGAUCCACAAAUAACACCUGUUCACUGUCACGGGGAGAUAAAUCAACGUGAUAGAUCGUUACAGAAAUUUUGUUCCCUUUGCAACAAGAGUGUGCGCAUACGAGGAGAUACAAUGCGUCGUCGUCGUCAUAUCAUGGAUCAAUGGUAUCUUUCAGAUCCAAUAAUUGUGUAUACGAGAAUCUUUGAAAGGGAGAUGAAGCGAUGGCGGUCUGUGAAACAAUCUAGAAGUAGUGUUCUCGCGAUCUGCAAAUGUUUCAUUGAAUUCGUUUGGAGAAAGAUUCGGAAUGACAGUUUGCACUUUGAGUUGCAAUUUGUUUUUUUCGUGUUCUAGAAUGCUUCACCCACUGCUAUUCAAAUGCAUACUAAUUAGCAUGUACCUCGCUCGAAUAACAAACAUAAUAAUAACAUGAUCGGGCA